UGCUCUUCUGACGCCAGCAUCACCUGCCAGUGUAACCAUGCGAGCUAUUGUACUACUGUGUCUGCUGGGAUCAGCUAUGGCUGAAGACGACGGUUUUUCCUGGGGUGGACCUGGCAAGAAUGUUGUUGAUCCUGCCGAAAACAACGUGUGUCUCACGGACCAGGCGUCAUGUGGCUGCUGUCUGAUGCAGCAGCAGAUACACAGGAUGGAGACAUUCUUUAACAUGACUCUCAAUCAGCUGGAAAAGGAACUCAUAAAAACAAUGACUGUCCUCAACAAUGUCAGAGACAGCAGAAGCGCCUUCUCUGUCGCACUUACCAAUGAAGACAGUUUGACUUGCUUCGGUCCCUUCCGUGACGACAAGGUCAUCGCCUACAAGCACGUCUUCAUCAACCUUGGAAACGGCUACAGCGUGGACACUGGUAUCUUCACAGCUCCCCGCUCUGGUGUGUACAGCCUCGCCCUCACUGUCUACAGUGACGCCGGGUCGCCUGGCAACAGCCUCGCCGCCUGCGCCACUCUUCAGGUCAACGGUCAGGUGGUGGCAGGACCCAGAGAAAAAAACAUGCAGGACCAAGAGGACAGUGCCACCAUUGUUGUGGCUCUCCACCUGCUAGCUGGGGACAUAGUGGCUGUCAGUUUGCCCAUAGGAUGUUUCCUCUGCGACAACAACAGCCACUACAACACUUUCACUGGUUUCCUGCUCUAUGCUACUGACUAAGUUAGAGAAAUGAAGCUGCUCUGGGUUUCAGCUGUCACCAUACUGACAUGGUUUGAAGCUGUUAGAAUAAAUCUUCCUGAGGGGACAGCUGUGAGAUGUAUUCCCUAAUCUAUCUGAUCUUUUGUGCUCUAACCCAUCCCCAUAUCAUUUCAUCAUAUGCUACUAUUCCCAUUCUCAAUGUUAUCUAUUCACUAAAAUAUGUUUUUGAAGCCAUUUCAAACAUCAGACAUCAAAUUUCAAAAUGUUGUUAUCCUGUGUCCCAACCUUCCUUAGACCUGACCAACAUCACACAUAAAGUGUCUUUGUUCUUGAAGCUGAAAAUCUUCCAGUGACUGAUGUUGUGUGUUGGAAAUUAUGAUUGAAACAUGUCAUCUGUUUAAUUUCAAGAAAAUA